GGAUCCAGUGCUGGGCGAAGUCGAAGAUGAUCCAAUCAGGGGAGGCUCUCUCCAGGAAACGAGUCACCUCUGUUUCCAUGCCAUCCAUGGCUUCUUUGAGGUAAGGCAUCUCCUCCGCGUUCUCCUAUCUCAGUCCAUCGACGCGAGGAAGCGGGAUCUUGACCAUGGCUAUGGAGGAUUCCAGGCCGGGUGGAAGCUGGGGAAGGCGAUCUAUGUUCUGAGGAGUGGAAAUGAAGGAGAUUUUGUGACCCUUUGCUGCUAUGGACUUGGAGAGCUCCAGGAAUGGGGUGAUAUGCCCAAAAGCAAGCCAUGGAAACAUAACUAUAUGAAGCUCCUUCUUCUGCUGCUUGAUGGAGGCCAUAAAGUCGCACCCAAUGACUCCUUGUCUUCUAGUCUCGUUAAGCACACAGUUUUACUCUUUUU